UUCAAGCUAACAAGUCUGCGUUUCCACCAUGCACGCCCGCACGACCCUGAUCUUCCUCCUGCAGUAUUGUGCGUGUGUUCACACGGCGACUGUGGAGAUGCGCCCCGGUGCGGGUUUUCCCACAUCACCGGGCUCGUAUUCACGCACACUCGCCUCAUCUGGCACCAAGCGCUUCUCAAGAGUAAGCAAAGACUCCGUAGAGCCUCACGAGUACAUGCUCUCCAUCUAUAAAACUUUUUCGGCUGCCGAGAAACUGGGACUGAACGCGAGCUUUUUCCGUUCGUCUAAAGCCGCAAACACGAUAACGAGUUUUGUGGAUAAUGGACAAGAUGACUCUCCAAAUUCUCCUCUAUGGACACAGAAGUAUCUCUUUGAUAUCUCAUCACUUUCUGAUAAAGUCGAACUGCUGGGUGCUGAACUAAGAAUCUACACAAAAGUCUCUGGAAACUUCCCAACAUCUGACAUGGGUCCCAUGGAGAUUCAGCUUCUUUCCUGCCAGACUCACAAACUACUGGAUUCCAAAAUCUUAGACUUGCAGGACUCACACAAACCAAGAUGGGAAGUCCUUGAUGUGUGGGAAAUUUUUGCAGAACGACAUUUACACACACACAGGAACUUCUUUUGUCUAGAGCUCAAGGUUUCCAUCGACAAUCUUGAGAAGGAAAUCGACUUACGGCAUCUUGGAUUUCACAGAUACGGGCGCCCACAACAGAAGAAAGCCAUAUUAGUGGUGUUCACCAAGUCAAAGAAAAGGCAGAGCUUGUACUAUGAGAAAAAAGGGAAGAUUAAAUUGGACCCUGACCAUGCUGGAAAGGAGAAAGUCCAUCGUGUGAAACCUCAGCGUAAACGGCGUACAGCGUUAAAUAACCGUCAUGGCAAACGGCAGGGCAGAAAGUCCAAGUCUAGAUGCAGCAAGAAGCCAUUGCAUGUCAAUUUCAAAGAGCUGGGCUGGGAUGACUGGAUUAUUGCUCCUUUGGAUUACGAGGCAUAUCAUUGUGAGGGUAUCUGUGACUUUCCACUUAGGUCGCAUUUAGAGCCCACUAAUCAUGCCAUCAUACAGACUUUGAUGAACUCUAUGAACCCCAGCAACAUGCCACCCAGCUGCUGUGUGCCUUCCAAACUUAGCCCUAUCAGCAUCUUGUACAUAGAUUCUGGGAAUAAUGUAGUGUACAAACAAUAUGAGGACAUGGUGGUGGAGUCAUGUGGAUGCAGGUGACUGGUGGUGUUCCUCAAAAGUCUAAAUGCCUGGUCAUUACUGUAAAGAUAAAUGGGCGAAGAGUUAUUAGAGCUGAGAAAGGUUAUUAUAGCCAUCAGUUGCUACAAUUUAAUACAAUUCAUUGCUAUGAAGCCAUUUUUAUAUCAUAUUUUGGGUUAAAUACUUGUCAUUACAAAAGAUUAUUUCCAUUUUGUCUGUUUUAAGGUAAUUCCACUUCUCAUACAUCAAGAUUCACCCUAUAAAAUACUCGUUAAAAUGCCUAAAAUAUAGUAUGUCCGUCUUUCUGUAAAUAACAUGUACAGUUUCUGAAUUCUAUGGUCAAUUUACAGUUUUUCAUUUUAAUUUAUACCGUGUUGUAUUAAAUUAUUUUAACCAAUCAUAUCGUUACAAUUUUGUAUUUAAAAACUUUUGUAGAUUGGAGUUUUUUGUGUAUCUACCUCAAUGAAGAACUUGGCUUUUAAAAUGUUCCUAGAUAUAUGAAUGUGAGGAAGAUUUCUUUCAACAUCCCACAUAAAUACUGUAGCCAAAUGUGGAAGCUUUAUUCUUCUAAUAAAAUACUAUUUAAUAGUGUUAAGAAUUCAGCCAGCUUGUUUUUAACGGUUGUGGUGUUAAACUGAUGAACUCACAAAUAAGCUAAUGUGUAAUGAUAAAACACAAUGGAUCGUGCUGUUAUAGAAAAGUAAUCCAUAACAGAGAGGAAUGAUGUGUUAUCAUGUCGAAUAGUCAUAUUUGUCUAUAGCUACAUGGCUCAAAGUGUUUCCUUGAUUAUAUACAACAGCAAUUCGCCAACAAUUAAAAUACUUAAUGAUUUUAGCAUUGUGAAAAGUCUGUUCCUGUUACCACUUACACUAUAGUUGUACCAAUUACAUUAUAUAAGAUAAAGCUGUUCUCUAUAUCUUGACGUUAAUAAGAUAGGAACCAGAAUGUACAAAGCCUUUUGUACAAAGUGCUGACACUGGAGACUCCUUCUAUAAAUA